GAGUAAAAACUCCCAAAAACGCAGGUCUGAAAAUGUAGCUAGAAAACAGCCUUCCGGGCAUCAAAAUGAGAAUCUGACCGUUGGAUUUGAAGAGGAGUAUGUGAGGAACAACAUACUAAAAUUUGAGCACGAUCCGACUUUGUUUGGCCUUCGAUCCGGAGGUGAAAAGUUGCUGCUGUAGAGAGUGGCGGAAAUCUUCUUUUUCUUCCUCUUUCCUGCGUUUAGCUACUGCCAGCCCUCACUUCUUCCUUUUUUUUUCUCCCUUAUCUUCUCUCUUUUUUCUUUAGUUAGUAGCCACACACAACACAAGAGAAUGGGCCACUAAAAAAAACAAUUGGGCUAAAACUUUACACACAAAAAUAAACCCAAAUAUAAGAGAGAGAUUUAAAGUGUUGUCCAAUUAAAAUUGGACACUUCCUCCACGUAGGAGGGAUAUUUCCCAACAAAUAUUAUUCUAUAUCUUACCCUAGCACUUAUAUUUCUCACCGUCUUCCCUCUCUACUACCACCCUUUCCGCUGCACCAAUCAUCCUCUGGACUUCCCGGCGAAGCCGCUAGCCGAAUCAUCUUCCAGUCUUUCUCCGAUACCCGAGAAGUUGCUAGCAAAAGCACAAAGCGCCCCCUCUUUUGAAAGUGUGAAUAUUUCUUCCCCUCCCCGAGAUCUGGAAAAGGGUCUGAUGAAGCAGGGGGCUUCAAGAACAAGUGCGAUAUCUUUACCGGAGAAUGGGUUCCAAACCCGGAGGCGCCGUAUUACACGAACGAGACUUGCUACAGCAUCCAGCAGCACCAGAAUUGCAUGAAAUUCGAGAGGCCCGAUGAUGGGUACUUGAAAUGGCGGUGGAGGCCGGACGGGUGCGUGCUCCCGGUUUUCGAUCCCCGGGAAUUCUUGGAACUGGUAAGAGGAAAAUCUUUGGCGUUUGUUGGAGAUUCAAUUGCCAGAAAUCAUAUGCAGUCUCUGGUUUGCCUCUUAUCACGGAUUGCUUAUCCUAUGGACAUUUCCAACACGACAGAUGACAACCGCAAGCGUCUUGUGUACAAAGAUUACAACUUCAACAUUUCCAUGUACUGGGCCCCGUAUUUGGUCAAGACGGGCGUGACUUUUAAUCAGCAAAACAGCAAACUGUUCGAUCUGUAUCUAGACGAAUUCGAUGAAUCUUGGACAAGCAAGAUUGGAGCUUUUGACUUUGUAAUAAUCAAUGCUGGCCACUGGUUUCUCCGGCCCACUAACUUUUAUCUAGACGGUCGACUCAUUGGGUGCCUCUACUGCCCAGAACCCAACGUGACACACUUGACCAAAGACUUCAGCUACAGAUGGGCAUUCAGAACGGCGUUUCGGGCAAUUAACAGCUUGGAAAACUUCAAGGGUGUAACGUUCCUGAGGUCAUUUGUUCCCCAACACUUUGAGCAUGGUACGUUUGACCAUGGUGGGGAAUGUGUGAGAACAGAGCUGUUUCGCAGGAACGACACCAUCUUGAAAGAAUUUGAGUUGGACUUGUACCACAUUCAAAGGGAAGAGUUUGACAUUGCAGAGAAAGUGGGGAGGAAAAAGGGGUUGAAAUACAGAUUGUUUGAUGUGACACACGCGAUGUUGUUGAGACCGGACGGGCAUCCGAAUAAAUAUGGGCAUGGGCACUGGCAGGACCCGAACGUAACCGUCUUCAAUGACUGUGUGCAUUGGUGUUUGCCCGGACCAAUCGAUACCUGGAGUGAUGUCUUCAUAGAGUUGUUGAAGAGGGAAAGUUGAAGAUCAUGCACUGCAAGUUAUAACAAUGGUGAAGUUUUCUUGCUCCCCCCUCAUUUUCAACAGUAUUUUUCCGACUGUUCUACAAACUUUUGAUGUAAUGAAGUUGUACAUUUUAACAAAAAUGUUGUCAUUGUAUGACAACACCUAUGGUGCUCCAAUUAAAAAUGAUAGUUCUUAUCUUCCAACUCUCCUAAACCCCACCCCAACAUCCCCUCCAGAAAAAAUGCCAAUUGGUUAUUUGACAUUUUUUGGGAUGGGGUCGAGGGCAAGAGGGUUUAGGGUGUGGGUUAGGUGUAAGAACAAUAAAUUUUAUAAUCGGAGUACCGUAGUUGUCAAAUUAUGAGAACAAAAGUGGUUAGAAGAAGGGGGCCUGCCUGUACGAGUAUUUGUUCGGUGGGGUUCCCAUGACACUAGAAUCCUAUGUCACGGGAUGACCCGGGGGCGCUUAGGUGCCCUGUACGUAAAAUUGACGGUUC